AUGAUCUCAACACUUUUCACUCACAUUAUUAACCCCUUAACCUACAUCAUCCCUGUCCUCCUAGCUGUUGCCUUUCUUACAUUAGUAGAACGAAAAGUCCUCGGAUACAUGCAAUUUCGAAAAGGACCUAACAUCGUUGGACCCUAUGGCCUUCUACAACCAAUCGCCGACGGAGUAAAACUAUUUACUAAAGAACCCAUCCGCCCCUCAACUGCCUCCCCUAUCCUAUUUCUCCUCGCCCCAAUAUUAGCCCUCACCCUUGCCCUCACCCUAUGAGCCCCCCUCCCCAUACCAUACCCCAUUCUAGACCUAAAUCUAGGGAUUCUCUUCAUUCUUGCACUAUCUAGCUUAGCAGUAUACUCAAUCCUAGGCUCAGGCUGAGCCUCAAAUUCAAAAUAUGCUCUCAUUGGAGCACUGCGAGCCGUAGCACAAACUAUCUCCUAUGAAGUCAGCCUAGGCCUAAUUCUUUUAAACGCAAUUAUUUUCACAGGGGGCUUCACCCUACAAACCUUUAACACAGCCCAAGAAACCGUCUGACUUUUACUACCAGCAUGACCCCUAGCCGCAAUAUGAUAUAUCUCUACAUUAGCCGAGACUAACCGAGCACCCUUCGACUUAACUGAAGGUGAAUCAGAACUAGUAUCGGGUUUUAAUGUAGAAUACGCAGGGGGUCCUUUCGCCCUAUUCUUCCUAGCAGAGUACGCAAACAUCCUUCUUAUAAAUACCCUCUCCGCCACUCUUUUCCUAGGAGCCUCCCACAUCCCCACCAUCCCAGAAAUAACAACUAUAAAUCUAAUAACAAAAGCAGCACUACUCUCCCUACUUUUCCUCUGAGUCCGAGCCUCCCACCCCCGCUUUCGAUAUGACCAAUUAAUACAUUUAAUCUGAAAAAACUUUCUCCCCCUCACACUAGCUCUGGUCAUUUGACUUCUAGCACUCCCCAUUGCACUGGCAGGCCUCCCCCCUCAAAUUUAA